AAGGAAGGAAGGAAAGAAAGAGAGCGAGAGAGAGAGAGCGAGCGAGGCAGGCGCGCGCCCUUGGGAAAGCAUUGGGGCGCUUAAAGGCGCGAGGCUGCUGAGGGCUUUGAGGUUCUUGAAGAUACAGCGCUCCAGCGGCGAGGAGAGGGUUAAGACCCGGAAGGGCGGCGCGCGCCUCGCGAAAGGGAGGCGCGCGCGCGGGAGGGGUGGCGGCAUCGUCGUCCUUGGCGUGGGCUGCGCGCGGCCCUGGGAUGAGGCCUCGCGCCUCUCCUCCUCCGGGUUAGAGCCCGCGCGCCAGAGCCCUCCUUCGGCCGAGAUGUGGCUCGCGGGCUGGCUACUGGCGCUGGGGCUCCUCUCCCGAAGCAGCGCCGCCGCCUCCGAGGCAGGCCUUCUUGAAUUUUCUUUGGGCAAAUUUAAGAAUGUAUUGCUGAAUGAAACCAUUCCAGCUGAAGCCGUGUUGAGGAAUAUUUCCAGCAAUGUGACUGUCAUCAUCUUUCAGAUCCAUACCCACCAUCAGAAUGUGACCAUUUCUUUCAACAAGAAAUCUUCCAUAACUAACUCAGGAACUGGACCGGAUAUAGGGCUGGUAUCUAUCCUUCAACCUCAACAGACUGUGUGUACAUGGUAUUUGCAAGCUGUGAAUGCCAAUUCUGUGUUGAGUACAGCUGUCCCUUACUCUUAUACUGAAAGAGAUCCCAUCCCUGGAGGCUGCAACCUGGAAUUUAAUUUGGACAUUGACCCUAACAUUUAUUUAGAGUAUAAUAUGGCUGAGACGAACAUUAAAUUUGCCCCAGCAAAUUUGGGACAUGGAAGAGAUGCAAAACCCCCAAUAUGUGAUUCUGUGACCAGUCAGGAGUCUCGGUUGCGGCUACGCUAUGAUGUCUACCAGUACUUCUUACCAGAAAAUGAUCUGUCAGAAACUGCAUUUGUGAGUCACAUGAGGAAGAUGUCUCAAGUGCAGAAUAUCAGAGCUAAUGGUGUUAAAUUGAUGACCUUAACUAGCCAAGACAAAACUGAUUUGCACUUCUCCUCACUCCCUGGACAAGGAGUGAUCUACAAUGUCAUUGUGAUAGAUCCACAGUGGAACACCUCAGCUGCCUAUGUCCCAGUUCAUACAUAUGCAUGCAGCCCUUCUGCCUUGGUGGAUAGCUGCUUUACUCUCAGAAAACUUUCUACCAAAAUAUUUUUCACCAUACUUGCCGUCCUUGGACUUUUUGUCUGUUUCUUUGGACACAGAUUUUGGAAAACAGAUUUAUUCUUGAUGGGCUUUAUUGUCUCGGCUUUCUGUUUCUUCAUAGCCAUUACUAGAACGUCGACUCUUAAUUAUGAUGUCAAUCUUGGCCUUACUGCAGUCGUUGGAAUUAUUGGAGGUCUUCUCUUGGUAGCCUACUGGUGGCGUUUUGGAUUUGUGAUCCUCUGUAUGUUUAUUGUGGGACUAGUAUUGGGAUUCCUUGUUGCAUCCACAGUUUUCUUCACUCCUUUAGGAAACUACAAAGUUUUCCAGGAUGAUGUUGUAUUCUGGGUCACUUUCUCUUGCAUUGCUUUGAUGGUCCCCAUUGUGUUUGUUGGUUGCCCCAGAGUUCUCAACAUCCUAACAUGUGGCCUAAUAGGAUCUUACACCGUAGUUCUGGCUACAGCCUGUUACAUAUAUACAAGUCUGUCUUACAUUGGCAUAGAUCUGCUUCGAAGGAUUCUGAAUGACGACUUCCGCAGAGCUUACACCAGUGUGCCCUUUCAGCCGAAUGACCUCAUCCUCCUGGCGGUUUGGGCAAUGUUAGCCAUUGGAGGGAUAACGGUACAGCUGCGCCGAGAGAGACGUGAAGCACCUUUCCCCCCACACCCCUAUCGACUCUGGAAGCGUGAAAGGGAGCGCAGGGUGACGAACAUCCUAGAUCCCAGUCACCACGUCCCUCCCUUGAGAGAGAGAAUCCAGAGUAAACUGUCUCAAAUAAAGGACUUCUUCCAAAAAGAGCAGCCUGCAGGGGAAAGAACACCACUACUCUUUUAAACGGACUUGAAGUUGGAAAGACUGGAGAAAUGCUGCUGGAGACUUCUGGGAGAUAGUAGUGCUAAGAGCUUCCUCUGUUACCUUGCCCUUCUAGACAAAAACUAGAAUGGGCUGGAGAAAAAUCCUUGCCUGUCUCUGGAGAAGCCCCACAUUCUACUUAAUGAUCUGCUUUCAGUAUUGUAGCACGCAGGCACUUUUUGUUUGCAUGUAGCUUGUCACAAGGAUGGAGUACAUGUAAGUGCAAUGUGUGAAGUUAUCGCAGUGGGUCGGUAAAAUGGAGAUGUAGCUCAGUGGUGAACAGAACGAUCUUCAGAAGUCCAAGAAAUAGAAAAUGGCCAUUUCAUAUACAUGCGUAGUGAGUUCUUAUCUUGUUUCAGACACAGUAGAAAAUAAUUGCCUUUUUGAGGACAGGUUUAAGUUGUCAACUGAAUGUAUGAAGGACACAAGAGAUAGCUGGAGAUUGACUACCGGUGGAAGAACGGCCUCUUAAUGACAUUGGCACACUUAAAGUUGCUUAUAGAAGAAAUGCAGUAUUGCUGCCAGCCAAUAACAGCUCUACAUUUUCAAGCUGAAGAAAAUUAAGUGCACCACAUUGACUUAUGAUGGAUGUGGGGGCCACUGUGGGGGGAUUUUAUAAGAUUUUAGGACAUACUUUGCUCGUACUUAGGUAAUUGAUUUUAAAGGGUGGUGGCCACCAAGGCAACAAAAAAAGUCUCAUCUCUGAGAUCAAAGGGCUGCUUUUGUUAGUAAGGAACAACUAUGGAAUACAUAUUGCUUGUUUUUCCAUAGCAGCCUCACAGUUGUUUGGUUCCUUUUCAGACCUAUCUUCUGUUCUUAGCCACAGCACUGAUUGCCACUGAAAUAUUUUUUCUCUGCUCUUUUUGUACAGAAUUUGAAAAAUUUAACAACUUUGUAGGAACAUGGGGCACUUUCAUGAACUUUAAAGAGAGCACCUCCCACAGCAAAGCUAUCCAGGGGAUCAGACCAUUGCCAGCUGUGUUGUCAUGGCCAGACUCAGAGACUGGGGUGGGAUCCAGACAGUAACUUAAGCCUGCAUGUGGACUAACUGGCUGACAGUAAAGGGAAAGAUAAUGUAAGGAAGCACUUCACUUUUCCGCCCCUCGCACUUUUGAGCUUGGGUUGUAUGCUGUGUAUAUGCCUUAUGAAAUGUGGCAUAGUUGGAUAUACUGCUGUUGACCUACCAACUGGCCCCACUCAAUAUAAUCUCUCCCCCCUCUUCCAGUCUUGGCUAGGAUAACAUCAGUUAGGAAAGCUUCUUUCUGCAACUGCAGGCCUUUAGACCAGCUGUGCAGCUUGAAUGAGCGAAGGAGUGGCACAAAAUAGGUUAAGAAUUUGAUUUUUAAAAUGCAGUGCAGAGAAUGCAUGUGAUUUGUCCCAUGUCAUAUUCCCAGAAAUGGUUUCAUUAUGAAAGGAAGUACAGUGUAGCACUUAGCUUCAGUGGGUGGAACAGUCAUGCAGUAGGCACAUAGACACAGUGGCCUAUAUCUAGUUCCUCAACCUAACUAGAGUAAAUCCUUUGACUAAAUUGAUAAUCGUAUCAUAAUAUUUAAUAAACCCCCAUUAUUCAAUGGAUUUACUCUUAUUGGAAUGAGUAAUUGGAUUUCAGCAAAGAAUAUCAGCAGUGGAGCUCUCCCCUUCUUUGCCGCAAUUGUAAAAGCUGCUUGUCAGUUUUCCCAACUCAUUCAAGCUGCGGAAGAUCUGUCACCAGAAUCUAGCACUGCACAAUGCAGUGUUUUUCUUUCUAGUACAGAUAAGCAGCUUUUGAGACACAAGCAUGCUUUCUUAUUCUUUCUAUUGCUCAAAUACAUCUUGAAACUAAUAUCUGGUGCAUGCCAUGUUGAUGCGUUAUUUGGCUGCUGGCUACAGAGUUCAUUUUGUGUGUUCUAACAAUGGAGAACACACAAUUUUGCUUUUGGAUGCAAAUUACUUUGCCUUCUCCCUAACAAGGAAUGUUUCCAUUUUGUGACACCUAAAAUGAAAACCUUCAUGAUUCAGUUGUUUCUCAUGCCUAGAGAUAUUAGAUGGAAACCCUUGAGAUAUGUACUGCAUUUCUUUUGUCCUUAGUGUUCAAGAAAUGAAGAAGCUCAUUCCUUUCCCAUUUAAGCAGAUACUCUUUCCCUUGCUUAGUCUAAUAGAACUCUAAAUAUACUGUGCAGCAAGGUAAAUGAUGCUAUAGCCCAGAGGUAUGAUAGCUCUGGUCCCUCACAUGUUGAACUGCAACUCGCAUUGUGAGCUUCCAUUGCUAUUGGUUGAAGAGUUGAAGUCUCACUUUGUUAUGUGUCUUAACUCCCUGGAAGAAUUGGGAGGUUUGACAUGGGUUUCUACAUGGCAUCUCAGUAAACCUACAUAUGGAUUCAAACGAUUGUACCAAAUCAAUGUAUUUCAAAGUUUGCUGAAGAGCUAUAAGACAUUCUUGUGUCAAAUGGACCAAAAUAGUUAACCAUUUUAAGUGCAAGAAAAUGAACAACUGGAUUACUAAUUGAUUUGAUAAAAGAUGACAGAAAAGUGCAUAGUUCUUGGCAGUUGUCCAGAGAUCAUUUUAAUUUUAGCCCUGAAAAAUGGAAAUUGACAAGAUAUUCUUUGCCCCCUUUUGCUAUGAGCAGUUUUCCAUAGCUGGCUGCGUGGCCCACUGUUACUACUCAGCUUAACUGAUGCAACUACUGGUCUAAGCAGUAAAUGCUUUGGUAUAAAUCAACAAGCUGUGGUCUACUUUGUGGUUUUUAACAAACGCCAUGAUUUACAAUGUUAAAUAACCAAUUUUCUAUCCCUUUUUGUAAUAAAGAUGUGCUGGAACCUGAA